UGAACAAAGAGAAUGUGAGUGGCGAAGUAGUAUAAAUAUAAACUAAGCUUUGCUUAAAACAAAGAAUAGUUAGUAAAUUCUAAGUGUCCCAGAACACUUCAAAAGUUAAUAACAUGAUAGUAGUUCGGAAUUAAACUGAACGUCAUUGGGAAUUACUCAACUUACAAUGUUUUGUGAUUUUUUUUUGUUCGAUUUUGCUGAAAAUAUUAUUUAUUAUAUUUUUCUUUUUAACCUGCUUAUUACUUGGUUUCUACUUUGCAAAUCUCGAACCAUUUAUCUUUUUUUCUUUUUAACAGCACUUCAAGAUUCCAAUUUAUCACAAUUCACGUGAAUUCAUAAUCAUUCGUUUCGCUCUAAAUCAAAGUCCAAGAACAAUUUGCUUUAAUGGAAGGAGAAUCAAUAACAGCUUCCAUUAUGGCACCUAGCCAAGCAACCUCACUCGAUUCUUUUCAGAUUCCUAGACAUCAGGAACCAUUGCGCAAUGCUUCAGAUUCAAAUUCACAAGAUUUGGAUUUUGAAAUUAUUGAGGAUUCUAACAGAAUACCAAUUGAUUCUAAUGCUAACAAUGCUAUUCCUGAAAUUCCAGCAAGAGAAAACGAAGAUAUUGAAGAUUUUGCUGAUUUUGCAAAUGAAUCACUUGGAGAAGAAUCAGGUUCAGAUUCGGAUGAUGAAGUUGAGAUUAAUGAUAACGAAGAUGAUACACCUUCUCAACGUCUUGCCAGUUUUCCUGCUAAUUUCCGCGUCAUGUAUAUUGGACAAAAUGUUUCUAAUCCAUGUAAACAUAGAAUUUUCUCCAAAAUAAGCGAAAGUAUGUCGCAAAUUUUUUGGGAUGAAGCAGAUGGUGUUAUGCCAACAAAUGAUAUUGGUUUAGAAAGGAGACUUGUUAUAUGUCCAGUAAAGCUUCCUGAAGAUGGUAGACCUCAAGUCGAAUACUUCCCGGACUCAGGAGUCGCAAUUUAUGAGGCUGAUCUCACGGAUAGAUCUGAUGGAUAUUUCUCUAGGGCAUCAGAAUACUUGCAGAAGACAUUUGCAGAGAAUGAUCUAGACAAUUUGGUUGAUUUAUGUAUUGUUUUUGUACCUCAGGAUGUUGACCGUUUUCCUAAUGAACUUUUACUUACAAUGAGAAAAUUACAAGAGAAAGUUACUUUGUUACCAAUCAUUACCGUGAGUGGUAAUGAGCUUACUUUCACGAAUGAAAGGGAAGAAAAACGUCGAGCAAUUGUAAAAUUGAUCGAAGACAAUGGGAUUAAAAUAUUUACAUGGAAAGCCGAUCAAAUGAUUGAAGAUAGAAGAGAUCAUAGAUGGGUGGAAACUGUAUAUACUAAAAAAAUUUUGAACGUAAACGAAUUUAAUUAUUUUGACAACCAAGCUAUUUACGACGAUUUACAACUUUUACGUUCACGUGCUAUUGAAUUCAGAAAGGAUCGACUUAAUAAAGAACGUGCAAAGAAACGGUCUCGAUAUUUCGAUAAAUUAGUUGACAAUUCUAAAAAAAUUAUUUAUAUCUGUGCGGCUCUUUAUAUAAUUUAUUUGUUUGUUACUGGUAUCUGGCAUUAUGCAGAGUGGUCAGUUAUUCCUUCUGAUUUGGCAUCAUCUCUUCAAGCUGUGUCAAGAGCGUCUUUAAAAGCCCAAAAUAAAAUUGUGCCUCAAACAAUACCUCUCGAUAAUGGUGAAACUCAACCUCUUAUUGAAGUAUUUCAAGAAUCUUCGAAUAGAUUCAUGUUUAAUGUAUUGAAUAAAAAACAAUAUUUUGACAAUCGAAAAAAUGACUUUGAAGUUGUUGUAACACAUAACCCACCGCAAAUUUUGGGCCGUUAUGAUGUCCAGGAAAUUGGCAAUGGUCGAUACAUGUUUGAAAUUGAUACUACUGGCUCAAAAGGUGAAGUUUUGGUCGAAAUUAAAGAAAAGAAUGGAUCAUUGAUAAAAACCGUAACCUGGGUACCGAAGGAAGAUAAAACAAAGAGUAAUGAUAUUAAAAAUCAUGAGGAGGAGUCUACACUUUUGGAAUUUUUUCAAAAUAAAGUUGCUAUUACUUGUCAAAAUGCAGUUUCAUAUUCUACAUAUGCAUAUGAAGAAGUGGUUGUUUUCGGAACAAACGUAUUAAAUGGAAUACAUGCGAGUAUUAUCUAUUUUGGUUAUCAGUUAAGCGUUUUUAAUGAUAUCCUCUGGGAUUAUGUUAAUUAUUGGGUACCGAUUAUUCGGGAGAAAGUUUUAAAUUGGACAACUAAGGCAGAGGAAUUUGUUGAAGAAGGGUAUUUAAAUGCAAAGGAAUCUUUUGAAGAAUGGUAUUUAAAUACAAAUAGGUUUAUCGAAGGAGUGUAUUUAAAUGCAAGAGAAUCUAUCGAAAGAGGUUGUUUAAGUGCAAAAGAGUCUAUUGAAGAAGGGUACUUGAAAACAAAAGAAGGAUCGCUUAAUUUUGCGCGUUUUAUCAAAGAUCAGUAUGACGAAAUUUAUGCAUCUUUUUAAGAAGGAUCAUUACAGAUUCAUAUUAAUUAUUCAUUAUUAAGUUUUUUUUAGGUUUAUUCAAACUUCAAAUUAUUAUUAAAUUAUUAUUCUUUUUUUAGAAAUUGUUAAUUAAGUAUAGCUAUUUUGGCCAUAUUUUAUCAAUUUCUCUGCUUUGUUCUUAGUAUAGUU